AUGAGUUUAGCAGUUCGUCGAACUUGUGCGACAUUAUUCAUCAAUAGAAAUGUGUCAUUUGAUCUUUAUCAAAGACAACAUUUUGCGUCUUUUCAUUCUGUUCCGUUUCAUCGUCCGUCGAUAACAACAUUGCGAAGUAUGGUGCGCACGACGUCAACUUGCUCUGCACAGCAAUCUAAUUUACCUAGAUUGCCAGUACCAACGUUAGCUGAUACAGCACGGAAAUAUUUAAAAACAGUUGCACCAUUACUUAAUAACGAUGAAUUUAAUGAGACGAAAAAAAUUGUUGAAGAAUUUCAACAUGAGAGCAAACCAUUACAAGAGCUGUUAUUAAAACGAGCUGACACAGAAGAAAAUUGGUUAUCACAAUGGUGGCUUGACAAAGUAUAUCUUGAAUGGCGUUCAAAUUUACCUAUAUUUUAUAAUCCAGCUUUAUUAUUACCCCGACAAUCAUAUCGAGAUUUUGAUGGACAAAUUCAAUUUGCAGCUCAUGUUAUCCAAGGCAUUCUACAGUAUCGAUCAUUAAUUGAUAGCAAUCAGAUACCAGUUGAUCGUUUUGGUUCAGAUCCACUCUGUAUGGAUCAAUAUAGAAAAGUUCUCGGUAUAUGUCGUAUUCCGGCCAAAUCCAUUGAUCGACUUCAUCUAUAUAAUAAAACAGGUCAUCGUCAUGUUGCAGUAUUUCAUCGAAAUAAUAUAUAUCGACUGCCAGUAUAUGAUGAUCAAGGAAAUAAAUUGUCGGCUGCGGAUAUUUAUAGUUCGUUGAAAAAACUUGCUGACUCAAAAGGAUCCGAUGAAAAACAAACACUAAUUGGUCAUUUAACAGCUGAUGAAAGACAACUUUGGGCACCUAUUCAUGAACAAUUAUCAUUGGUUCCUGAAAAUAAAAAUUUUUUUGACACGAUAAAUGACAGUUUAUUUGUAUUAUGUCUUGAUGAGAACUAUCAAUCAUCAAGUGGAACGGCAAUAAAAAAAGAUACUCAAACAUUAAUCGGUCUCAAUUUUCUACAUGGUGGUGGAACCAAAUAUAAUACAGCUAAUCGAUGGUUUGAUAAAACGCUUCAAGUUAUUGUAGCACCUGAUGGUUAUAGUGGUGUGAAUUAUGAACAUUCAUUAGCCGAAGGUGGAAUAAUUACAGCUCUUGUUGAUUAUGUUCUUGAUCACUGUAAAACAACACAACCACUUGUGUCUACCAAUAAACCAUCAUUAUUAAACAAAUGUCAAGUUGUUAUACCGAAAGAUGUCGAACAAUCGAUUAGCGAAAGUGAAAAACGUGUUAAUAAAUUUAUUGAAAAUUGUGAUUUAACAGUUUAUAAAUAUCCUGAAUUUGGUAAAGAAUUUGCUAAACAAAAUAAAUUGAGCAUAGAUGGAAUGAUUCAAGUUGCUUUACAAGUUGCCUAUUUUCGAAUGCAUGGUAAAUGUGGUGCUACUUAUGAAAGUGGUUCUUUACGUCGUUAUCAUCUUGGUCGAACUGAAACUAUUCGUUCAUGUACAUUAGAAGCACAACAAUUUGCUCGUGCUAUGAGUGAACAACAUAAUGAAACAGGAUCGAAUACUAAAUAUGAGCUAUUUCUUAAAGCUAUGCAAGCGCAGCGACAAUAUACUACUGAUGCAAUAAAUGCUAAAGGUAUUGAUCGACAUCUCUUGGGGUUACGAUUGAUUGCAGCUGAAAAUAAUUUACCAAAACCUGCUCUUUAUAAUCAUAUAAGUUAUAAACGUGCAAUGCAUUACAUUCUUUCAACAAGUCAAGUUGGAGCUAAACAUGAUUGCGUAAUGAUUUAUGGGCCGGCAGUUGAUGAUGGCUAUGGUUGUUGUUAUAAUCCACGUAAUGAUUCAAUAAAUUACAUGGUAACAACUUUCAAAAUAAAUAAUGGAGGAACAAAUCCAAUAGAAUUUUCCAACCAUUUUAAUAGCAGUCUUACAGAUAUACGAUCUUUAAUUGAAGUUAAUACGGCGAAGACAAUGAAAGCAAAAUUAUAA